UAAUAUAAAACUAGCGCGUGUACAGCGAGUUAGAGGUGUAGAGAGAACUCUUAGCCUCUGUUCGUGGUUCUCUCUCCUUUCAUGUCACUGAGAUUAGGAGAAAAGAAUAAUGAAAAUAGAGAAAAGCAAGUCCAAGAAAAGUGUCGGAGACCUGCCUCUCCUGACACAAGAGCUGAUUCAAUCUUUACUCCUCUGUUCAGAAGAGGCUCUCCCCUCACUCCUUACCACUAUAACAGUUUGGCGUUACGGAAAAUGUGAAUUGUACCACUGGAUAGACGUUCUUGAUAAAUUUGAUGCGAUAUUGUCAAGAGCAACCGAAGAAGCCGCGUCACGUGACUCCGGGUCACAUGACCAGCGAUACAUUUACAUGUGCCCUCUUUUGAAAGAGGAAAAGACCAAGACUUUGGUGAUGUCUGUUCUAAACUUCACUUCACUUCUUAUUGAACACUCUUAUGCUCGCCAUAUCUACAAUUCAACAGAGCAUUUGUGUAUUUUAUUGGCCUGCCCUGAUCUCGAUAUUGUCCUGGCUGUCUUGAAUCUUUUCUACGUCUUUGGAAAGAGAUCAAAUUUCAUCUCACGGCUCCCAGCCCACCAGAGGACCAGUCUUAAUUCUUAUCUUGAAUAUCUGGGAGAAACUUGGGGUGGUAAGCAGAACGGGUUUGGUUUAGCUCAGUGCUGUCAGAAUCUUGACAUGAGUGAGUUCCCGUCGACUGCAACUUCAGUUUAUUUUGAAUACCAACCAACUACCAGCAACUCUGAAGCAGGUAGUAAUGAAUCUCAUACAGUAACCACCAGGUCCAUUGCUGUCACUUCUGUUGAUAAAUAUGAAGAGGAUAUUUCUGAUAUUAUUGUUAAAUUGUUGGAGUCUCAUUCGGUUCCUCUGGUCCAGCAGAUGAGGUUUCUCACACGGCUCAGACUCGCUAAGAGUUUUUGUCACUUUGAGUAUCGGGUCAAGUGUGUCUUAGUAAGACUCCAGGCAAUAUCUGUAUUAGUAUAUUCAAUGGCUCCUGCUGAAGUAGUUGAUCCACUUAUUUAUGAUGGACUAGUGGAGGAGUUGAUUGAAGUAUUGGAAGUUAAGAAUCCAUUACUACAGCACGAGAUCAAAGCAGCUGUAUUAAGGACACUUACCGCCAUUAUUCAUCUUGAAAGAGACCCAAGGCUUGGUGCUAUUAUAGAAGCAACAGGUGCUUCCACUUAUCAUGGCUUCCUACCAACUUUAGUACGAGACUGUGUUGCUGCCAUCAUCAGUGCUGGUCCAGAUGGUAGAAGUACUGACUUUCCUUUGUUCUUUGCAACUUCGUUAUUUUCUUUUCUCUACCACUUGGCAACAUACGAAGCUAGUGGAGAUGCAUUAGUUAACAGUGGGAUAAUGGAGUCACUCCUUUUGGUACUGGAAUGGAAAGCAAUCGAACCUACUAAUAUAACACUGGUUACUAGAGCUGUCAGAGUCAUUGACCUAAUCACUAACCUGGACAUGACUGCAUUCCACAGUUUGGGUGGGUGGGACAAGAUGUUGCUACGGUUACAAGAGGAAAUUGAGCAAUGCAAGAGAGACGUACCCAACCUCCUGUCACCUGUUGUACGCUCGGCUCCUGAGUCAGCAGAAAUGGAGACUGAAGCUCCUCCUACUUCAUUAGAGCCAGUUACUGGGGGUGGGGCUAGAAGUAGUGUUGGAGGUGGGGCUGGGGGCGUGGCUGAGGGCGUACAGUGCAUGCCCGAACGUUCAGCUCUCAUAAAGUCGAUACUUAAUUUCGUUAAGAAAGCUGUACCAGACCCAACUUUUACUGAAAACAUUAGAAAUUUUGUUGAUUCUUCACUGCCGGGCUCAUUGGCUCAUAUAGCAAGCAAUGCUGAAUACUAUGGACCAUCGAUAUACCUACCUGCGACUGAAGUUGCUACAACAUUUAUAUUUCAUGAUCCGUCCCAACUGACACCACUACAGGACAAUGGACUGCCAUGGAUAAUACUUAAUUCGCUGAUUAAUAAAAAAAUCCCAGUUACUCGUGAAGUCCUUAGUUCCCUUCCCAGUAUAUUGAGUGCUAUAUGUCUCAAUGCUCGUGGUCUUCAGGUCUUCAUUGAAGCCGAACCUUUUGAUCAUUUAUUUGGAGUAUUGAUAUCGUCCGACUACCUACCAGCAAUGAGACGCAAAAGAGGGAAUGAUCCCCUGGGUGAUACUGCCUCUAAUCUUGGCUCAGCAAUGGAUGAACUAAUGAGACACCAGCCGUUACUCAAAUCAAGUGUAAUGAAAGCUUUAGUGAGGCUGCUCAACAAGUUAUGUCAGAUGGGUAGUAACGUGUCUGCCGAGACUGGAGUGGGCGGGGUAGAGGGUGUGGCCAAGUCCUCCCACCAAUCGGAGGAUGAUGUUGUUACCAAUGAUGAAACUGACGAUGAAGAUGAGGAAAUGUUUGAAGAGAAAGGGGACGAAGAGGAAGAAGGCAGAGUCAAGGCUAAGAAGAGACGUGCGUCCUCCCUCCCACUGACGGAGUUCACUCUUAAUGUUGUUAAUUUUGUGGAUGCUAUUCUUAGCACUAGCUCAUCCGAUGAUCACAUUAAUGAGUUUAUACUCAAUGAUGGUCUCAAGCCUCUUCUCUCUCUCCUCUCUCUUCCUGCACUCCCUCUCAGCUUCCCAACCUCUUCUGCUUGUAAUUCCAUAACCUCCGCCUGCAAAUCAAUACUAAACGUUUCUCAUAGUACCAAGUUACUCUCCGAAGGUCUAUCCCAACUCUCUGAUGUCAUUAAUAAGCUGAAGCCAUUCAUUGACUCCCCAGAGCAAGCCAAGCAGUCAGUCCUUCUCGAGGAGGUUAAUUCCUACUCUUCUCCGGAGCAGUCCUCACUAUUACACAACCUUUCUUCAGCCGGUGGCUACAUUCAGCUAUUUAUUAACUUGUCUAAAUGCGCACAAAUUGAGUCCCGUCAGUUGUGUAUACAGCAGUGGGCUACUCCAACUGGUCUUGAUGUCCUUUCUCAAUUAUCAAAACUCUAUCGCUCUCUUGUUUGGGAGGGGUUCAUCGUCCUAGCGGCUGCUUCGGUCAACGAUGAAACCACACCCAGCUCGUUAAAAGAAGGAUCCGCCUCACAGGAGGCUCUUUCUAGAGGGGCAUUAUUUGGAAACAGGGAAGGUGUGACUAAAGAAGCAAAAUCGUUCAUAUCAACUCUAAAGUCGUUCACGCCUCCUCUUGUAGUUACGUCACGUGUCGGCCGGUCUCUUGCUGAACUGAUGAGUCUUUUGGUCCGUCUCUCAACAGGUCCUCUUCAAAGACCGGCUAGAAGAGGGGCGGGAAUGACCACACCCAUUUACGUUCCUUUGUCUGAUAAUGCUGUGGCCGUUAGCAUGAAAGUAACUGAUUUAUUGCUAGAGAGUCUGACGUGGGUGGUGCCUGUUCCCAUGGGAACUGAAGACGAGAACGAAGAAGAAGGAGAUUCUGUUUUUACCAACUCUGACGCUAAGAAAUGGCUAUUCUCUGGUAUGACGUUCAAGAUGUAUGCCGUUGAUUUUUGUCUGUUACUAUUGUUUGAUGAACACGCUCAGCCGUACCAUCUCAUGCUGCACUCCUUCGCUAAAAAGAACGUACUGGAAUCAUUCAUCAAGACUUUUUAUACUGCUAUUGAGCAUAUUGAGAGAGCUAAUGCAGAUCCUUUAUGGGCUUCAUUUUCUGUUAAUCCCGAUCAUGCUGUGGCCUCGGACUUCUUAGAGGCAUGGCUUAAUCUUGCUGAGAAGCUAAUCAAUGCUUCGGCUAUACUGGAGUCGAGCCACACCCUCCCUGUUCCUCCUCCCCCUCCGUCUUGUAGACAUUCCAAGAAACUUAAUUUCAAUCCUUUGUUCAAUCCCUUGGAGUUUAUAUUGAAAGCACAGAAUGCGAUAUUUCCAUGCGUACAGAAGCUCUGGGGUACUUUAAAACUGAACAAUGCAACGCCAGCAAUGACUGAACAUUUGCUAACUACAAUCAAGCACAUUUACUCCAGUGAAAAGUUACUUGAAACUAAAUUGAAUGAACUCAACGGAGGUGCCACCUCUUCCUCUUCCUCAACACCAGCUGUCCCUGAAACACCUUCUGCUCCAUUUAUCCCUCGGGCCGACCCUUUACACUUACAACAGUUAAUGGAUAUGGGAUUUGAGCAGCUCCAUGCUGAAGAGGCUCUCUUAGCUACUGGUAAUAACCUCGCUGCUUCAAUGGAGUGGAUACUCACCCACCCUCCUUCAUCCUCUGCUGCUGAUACUAGAUCAAUGACAGAAGAAGAACAAUUAGCUCAAGCUAUUGCUCUCUCCCUCCAACAGCCACCAACUGAUGAAAAAAUGGAGCAGGAACCCAAAGAGAAACCGACCACUUCACCUUCAACUAGCAGCAGUGACACUCUUAAGCCUCUUGAUGGAUCAGUUCUAACUAAAUUCAGCGAAGACCUCCUAGAAGGUCUAUUAACUGCUAUUCCUUUGAUUGAGGGAACUGUGUAUAAAGCUUGUGAUCUCAUUUCGUCUCUCUGUGAGCGUAAUGGCAGCCAGUGGAGGAGUGCUGCUCUAGAGAAGAUAAAACUUAAAGCAAUGGAAGCAAUGUCUGUCGUCAUGAAGAAACUCAAUGAUGGAAGCUAUGAACUCACUACUGGCCCAAUAGACUCUAAUGCUUUUUACAUUUGUCUCUUAGCUCUAAUAAUGGAGGAGAUGCCAUUGGUGUGUUCUUCAAUACUAUGUUCUAGUGAUAUCUUAUCUCAAAUUGUUACUCUAUUGAGCACCGUCCAAGAGAAAUGGUCAGUCAUUAAGAAAGGAGGAGGAGGAACUACUGAUAAUAAUAACACUCCAGCAACACCUUUGUGGUUGUCUCCACUUUUGCUGGUACUAGAACUUUGGCAAGGAAUGGAGACACUUCUAACUUGGCACAGACCUCCUAAUAAGGAUUGUAAUGGCGUUUGGUUGUGUUUUGAAAGCAUGAACAGCAGGUGGUGUUUCUUUUCGAGCGACAUUAACAAAAAUAUUGAAAAUGCAUACAAAGAUGGCGACUCAAUGGCAAGGAUACAAACUUCAAGGCAGCGCUCCGUUAUACAGUUUAGUAACAUGUUGCAGAUUAAUCUGGAUACUAACACUCAAAGAGCUGUUAUUAGACUUGAAAUCCCUCGAAAGAAGCAAGAUGGUUCACUAAUGCCCUAUGAAAUACCUCAACUUUCCUCCUUUAAAAAGCCUGGCUGGUUUGUAGGUCUGUCUGAUGAGCAGUCCCUUGCAGUUGUAAAGUCCUGUACUCGUUUGUUAUCGUGUACAAUUGAUCCUGAUACUCUUCAUGCUAAUAUGAGGCUCCUCCUCUCGCUAACGAGACAGCCUCACUUGGCAGCUCUAUUCAUGGAAGAGGAGGGCCCAAUGCACCUCCUCCAGCUAACAAAGAAGAACUCCUUUCAAGGUUUCUCGUCUCUCUCCGCCCUCCUAUUGCGACAUAUCCUUGACACCGGCUCACUGUUAGAGUCAGAGAUGGAGUCUAUGAUUCGCUCAGUUGUGAGCGGAACCAGCCCUGACACUGAGAUAAAAGCCCACGGUUUGGGACGGAGGGACUUUGAUGUGGUCCUACGCAGGCUAGGUCCUUGUAUUACGAGGAAUAAAGAACUCUUUGUGUCGAUAUUUUCCCGUGUUGCACAACUUUCAUCCGCCCCGCCACGCAUAGAAGACUACCAUUCAACCCAAAGACUUAUGCCAAUUGUGUUAAAAGUAGGCGGGGCUAAGUCCGAAGACUCCGCCUCUUUAUCUCCACUCCAUGUAAACUUGAUAAACUUAUUACUGGAUCAGUUGUGUGCUUCGACCUUUUUGGAGGGUGAGGGGUCUGACCACGCCCACUCAAAGAUGGAGGAAGAUAGUUUAAUAGAUGGUUUGUCUAUUCCUGUGGUACAGUACAGGGCUGGAGGAGGAGGGGGUAACAACCCUCGGGUUAGACGUAGCUCAUAUCGUCGUCAAGUAACAAACGAUGACCUUCGCUCGGAGGAUAUGGUUCUUGAUGUUGAUAACAUUCCAGAGCAAGGACGAGGGUCGAGACGGGAAGUUCCUCUUGUCCAAGACGAGGGUAACAAAGAGGUGGAGGAGAAGGGAGGAAGAGAGCAGUUGCUGUUUUCUCAAGCGGCCAUUUUGAGGCUACUAGCCGAGUUAAUAGAGUCUUAUCCGGCCACUUCACGUUUGAUUAUUGAGAGCAACAGGAAAAUAAAGAUUGGGCAAAAUAAUUCACAGACUACAAAGGUGAUGUCCAUAUUAGCCUUCAUAUUUGAUCAUUUACUUCCAGUCUCUUACAUGCAAGGCAGUAGUGCUACUCAGGUAGCUAAACUCUCCAAAGUCUUCCUCCAGUGCCUUGCCACUGCUCCCCUACCAACUGACGCUCUUUCUUCAUUUGUAACAGAGUUCAGGGCAGCCUUCACUCGCUCUCUGAACCUUGUAGAGUCCCAGCUAAAGCAUCAUCGCAUACGGGCCAUGGCUAGUCUUCUUGGGCAGAUUGUAGAGCCACAGACGAGUAGCUCAACCCGUUCGACUGUCAACCCGACUCAGUUUGUACGGAUGUUAAUACGAAAAGGUUUCAUUACCGACCUUGCUAAAGCUGUCCACUCUCUUGAUCUGUGCAGCCCUCUUCUAACAACCACCAUUAACUCUAUACUCAAACCACUUGAGUGUCUGACUAAGAUAGUGACUCAGUUUGUAGCAGCCCAGAAGAGAGCCACCACAGCUGCUGCUGCUACCGCUAGCAGUACUACUCCUAGUGCUGGGGGAGAUGGAGCUAGAGGGGCAGUUGGAGGAUCAGAACAAAUUAAUCUUCAGCAAGGAGUGUCUUCGCCUCUUCCAGACCCACUCUCAUCAAGCUUAGCUUCAGGUACCACCUCACAAGCUAAUCCUCCUGUACUACCUGUGACAACAGUUACAUCAUCAUCAUCAUCAACUGAAGGAGGAGGAGCAUCUACUAGUACUGCACCAGUUGCAUCUCAUCCCAUUCUCCCUAUUGACCCAUUGGUCUUACCUUUGAUGAACUCCAGUUCACUUACUACCCCAGUGAGAGGGACAAGAGAUCAUUCAGUUCCAGUUACUCCGUUAGACAAUAGCCUGAUUCCAUUGAGAGAGGAUGGUGAGGAGGAGAGAGAGAGGGAAGCUGAUGAAAUUGAAGAAGAUGAAGAUGAUGAAGACAUCAGCGACCAGUCGCUAGUAGAGGAAGCAAUGUCCUUAGCUCAUGAGCUGGGGAUGAGGUGUGGACAGGCAGCUAGGGAAUAUAAUCAAGACCCUGGGAAUCUACUUGAAGAAAUUGUGGAUGAGUUAUUGGAAAGAGGUCCAGGGCAUUCCCCCAGUUCUAAUAAUCCACUGGAAAUGUUUGAAAACAGCGCAAACAGUUUUCCCUCUGACAGUGGUAGCAACAUUGACGACGAGUUGGAAGAUGCCGAACACGAUGAAGAUGACAACAUUAAUUCUGCCGGCGAAGAGAUUGAAGACGAUUUUGACAUGAGCCAGAACAGCACUUACUAUCAGCCUCGUAGGAGGCAUGGGAGUGGGGGCGGAGCCUACCAACAUGAGGACGAUGAAAACAUGGAAGAUAGAGAUACCAGUGUCACUGAUGAUGAUGAUGAUGAUGAUGAUGAUCAAAGCAGUCCUGAUACAACAGUAGAAGAGGACGAGGAAGAGGAAGGAGAAGGACUGGACGAAGAAGAAGAAGAAGAUGAUCAAAAUCAUUCUGACAGCAGCUUCCUCCAUGACACCAUGACCAUGGGUGACAUGCCCUCCGGUGGACAGGGUCAAGGCGAGAAUCUUGUUGACGAAACGUUUGAGCUCGAAGCAGAGGAAUUUGAUGGAGAAGACGAGAGAGAAGAAGAGGAAGAUGAUGAUGAUGAAGAUGAAGAUGAGGAUGAGGAUGGUCUUGAGUUAGAUUAUGAUGAAGCUGAUGACGUCUACAUAAGCAGCAGGAGAGACAACGACAUGAUUCAUGUGGAGUUCCCACCCUGGAACUUUGGAGGAUGGAGGGAGGCAGAGAGUUUUGAUGGGCAUUUGUUUCCUGGAGUUCACGUCCCUGCUUCAUUCCUGUCUCGUGCCUAUCACAUUCGGUCUCCUCUAUCCGACGGGAACUUCCCCUCCUCCUCUCUCUCCUCCCUCCCUCGCUCACACCCUUUAUUAGUCCGGGCAAGAGGUGAUGCUCCUCUUGUUCCUUCGUCUGCCCCGCCUCCUUCAAUGGGCGUGACUGGAGGCGUGUCUGAGGCGACAAGAUCUAAUGUUGUACAACAACUGUUGACUAAUAUUAGUAACUCUGUUGGUAUUGAUGAGGUACUGACAUUCAGCAUUGGAGGAGGCGGAGGUACUCGUACUAAUGAUUCAACUCACCACAUAUCCUCGACACUAGCUCCUCCCACUGCCCCUCCCACAUCCUCAGUAUCAGACAGUCCUGAGUCCACACACAUUCCUAACUCUAUCUCUCGCUGGAAGGAGGAGGCACAAGCUCUUGAUGGUCACACUGUCCACGUCUGUUUAGGAGCUUUGAGACCUUUAUUGCUCCAGAAACUAAAAGACGAUCUUCAAGAAAGAGAGAACAAGACAAAGUCGGAGCCCCAGUCGUCUUCUUCAAAAACUGUAGAGCCUAAGACUUCCGAGGCCUCGGGCACGAGAGAAGAAGAAAGACCUCCAAGUGACCAACAAGUCACUGCUCCUAAUCCUUCGGACGAGGCCACUCCCUCAACUGCUACCCCACGGAAUGGCUCUAGGUCCGUUGAGCAGUUACAGAGCAGUUUACGGGCAGUAGCGGACGCCCUAGCUCAAACUGUGGCUGAAAUGAGGAACACUGACACAGCACAGGCUCCAUCAACUAGCGACAUUGACCCUGUACUAGCAGAUAUUGUUAAUAGACACGCGCAGAGUCACAUGACGUCUUCGUCAACUGAUGCAACAUCUGAACCUACUGCUGCUGCUGCUGCUACAGUGUCUAGUCAUGUGACUUCUGUCUCAAGCAGUGCCACGCCUAUUUCUAGUUACCCUCUGUUGUUUGGUAGUCCAGGUCAUACUGUUGGUAGUAUUCCUGACCUCUCGUCCUUUGAUGGAUCUCAAGUUUCUGCUAGAGCAAUGCUAUCUCAGAUCAAUCCCAGCGAUCCACUCUACACGUUUCUAUCAGCAGUAGCACGAGGCCCUACUCCUCCACUUCCCGAGAGCCAGUCUGAACCUGCUAAUCUCUCAUCAGUUCAACCUUCUCCCCCUUCUUCUCUUCCCUCCUCCUCCUCUGCCUCAAGGCUCCCUGUAUUCACACAGUUGCUACCAAGUCAUGAGCAGACUGCCCCACCAUUCCCUCAGUCUACUAGUAGUACAGUAUCUUCAUCAGUUAGCAGUGAUGCCCUUGUUACCACCACUACAGUAAUAUCUCCUCUACCUCUUGUUGCUUCUACUAGUGUAUUAGCCACGUCUAAUUUCGCUGAUGUUCUAGCUAGAGAGUUAUCAACACAUUUAAAUCCAGUCUUUAAUCCGCUGGAAUCAACUAUACCACCUACAACCACUUCACCUCCUAGUUCUAAUCACUUACAACCUCCUCCUGUGUCUUCCUCUUCUAUGAUGACAGUUGUACCAUUUCUCUCAGCAACCACCACAGCUUCUACCGGUUCACCCAGCCCUUCUGAUACACUGGCUCCUUUAAUGUCCUCCCUACAAAUGCCACCACAUUCUCUUCCUUCUCAAGCUACUCCUCUCACUGAAGAAGACUCUGGUAUUCAGCAAAGAAGCUCUGCAGUAUAUUCCUCUCCCUCAUCCUCCGAGUUACAAUCCUCUUCUGCUGGCGGUAGCUCAUUGACUGUCCACAGCAUUACGUGGCCUCUUGGUAAUGAUGACUCACAGUCGAUGCAACUAGACAAUAGCACUCCAUCUGUCACUAGCGCUACCACUAAUCCACAGCCUACUGCAGUAGUGUCUGCUAGCUCAGAGAUCAUACCAGUAUCACAGGCACCUACUGGGGCAGUGGCUUCUAGUAGUAGCUCAGACUUACCUGAUGGUAUUGAUCCAACUUUCUUAGCUGCCCUCCCUGACUCCAUCAGACAAGAGGUGUUGGCUCAGUAUGAAAGAGAGCAGCAGAGGAACAGUAGACGUGGUAAUACAGGAGGAGGGGCUACCCCUGGGGUCCUGGCUACCGCUGGAUCAGUUCAGUCCAUCAACCCUGAAGUGCUGGCUGCACUGCCUCCUGAUAUACAAGAAGAAGUUAUACAGCAGCAGAGAAUGGAACAAGCCAGACAGUCCCAACCAGCAGACGCAAUGAGCUUCUUCACAUCACUAACCCCAGAGCUAAGACGGACUGUUCUGUCUGACAUGGAUGACACUCAAGUGAAUCAGUUACCGGAAGAGAUAGCGGCAGAAGCACGAGUCAUCAGACAAGAGAGAGAGAACAGACGGAGACAGUUCCUAGCACAUCAUCAUAUCGCCUCACGUAUUCAAAUACCUUCUUGGUCUCAUGCCAUUAGUACUGGAGGAACUGGUGCAAGGAUUGGGCAGUUACGUUAUGCUAUUCUCUCGUCAGGUGAUCAUCCUCUUAGCGGCCUAACGUCUUUCACUCACUCAUUUAUGCGUGAUAAUAACAACAGUAGUACCGGCGGUGAGACUGGCACCAAACAGAUGCUUGAUCAAGAGUCGCUUGUCUGUCUUCUGGUGUUGCUGUUCUUAGAUCAAAGCAAAUUACACUUUAAUAGGUUAUUUAGAAUAUUUCGGUCUCUCUCUCAGCAUCUUCCCUCUCGUUCCUGGGUCAUAUCUAGCCUACUUGCCAUUAUAAGAGAGGCUCAUUUCACAGCCCAGUCUCCGCCUCUCUCUCACACCUGCCCUCUCCCUCCCACCCUCUCCAUCCAACAGUCCUCGUCCUCAGCUCAAACGAGUUCUCUAACCGGUCAAACGAGAUCUAUAGGCAGUCAGACGGCUCCUCCUUCCACCCACCCUCCCCAGUGGCUAACAGUCAGUAUUAAUGCUGCCCUAGGCUCUCACGCUCCUGUCCUCCAGUUCUCUGGUGGUUAUGGUAAAGUGACCACACCCUCUGUUCACAUACAUCCCCAUGCCAGUCAUUCCAUAUGCAACAACGUCCUUGAAUUACUGAUAUUUCUAGCUCGGCAGUUUCCAAUUUCUUUCCUCCCUCCUGCUCUGUUGCCUUCUGUUCAAAAGAGUAACGAGGUUAUGCCGAAUGACGUCCUUAGUAAUUUCUGGCAGAUAUUGUUUAAGUUGGACUCUUCUGUUAAUCCCAGUGGGUCCACCCCCUCACAUAGAAAAGGCAAAUAUUCAACAAAAACGUUUCAAUAUUCGCAAGACAGCAAAGAGGAGCGACUUGAGUCUGAUUUAUUUGCAGCUGCUCCUAUCGGUCAGUUAAUGUCUUUGUUCAGUCAUUCGGUGAUACAGUCCAGCGUGUCUCUCGUUGAUAAACUAUUGAGAGUCCUUUCCGUCAUUUCUGGUGCCAUUCCCAAACAAGGCCUGAGUAGAAAAGCUAACAUUUCAAAGGAGAAGAAGUCCGCUGUUGCUUGCAGUGAUGAAGAGCAUAUUCAUGUAGACGUCACUACAGUUAGUGCCGUCACGCCAUCCGUCACUGUCACUAUUGACCCUCCCUCGUCUGUUGAAAUGGCAACAGAGCCUCCGCCCCUUCCCACGCCCGUACGGGAAGAGCCGUCUUGUUUCUCAUCGUCUGUGGUAUCAGUUAGUUUAUUAAAAGGAACCAUUACGUUACUAACGUCUGGUAAGUGUUCUGAAGAUACUCUUGACGAUGCAACUAGUUUACUCAUUAAUCUGUCCCGCUGUGGCCAGUCUACAAGAGAGUCAAUACUGCUCAUAUUAUUAGAAGGUAUUAAAGAAAUAGGACAUCACCUUCACUCCCAGAUAUCUACCCUUUUAACGGAGCUCAACGCAAUCAUGCCGUCAGUCAUGAAACGUCAAGUCUCAAAUGACGAUGAAUCUCCCCCCACUAGUAGAGGAGGAACGGGGUCACUUGGAACUGUGGAAGGUGUUGUUUUGCCUACAGUGCAAGGUACUAGAGGCGUGGUUGAUCAUUCCAGUGAUUUGCAUCUACCCUGUAUGGAGCCACUCAUAUGUAAAGGAUCGCAACAGUCCUUCUUUUUAAGGUUAUUAAAAGUUGUCUGUCAGUUAAGAGAGUCGGCAGCUACGACUUCGGCCCUAGCCAUGCUCCGAGCUGAAGGGACUCCGACUUCUAGAGGAGAGGGGAGGGGCUUUGACAGAGAGAGGUCUAUACCUCCUGUUGAUGAAGUCUUGAAUGAAGGAGGAGAGAGGCCAGCUACUUCAAAGGAACAAGAUGAGUCAAAGUCUGACUCACUCCCUCACCUUUCCUCUCAGUUAGACCUGGAGGUGCUCUGGUCGAAGCUAAGCGAGUGUUUAGAUGCUCUCGCCUGUACGUACGACCCUCACGCUGUCCUAGCACUGCAACCAACAGUUGAAGCAUUCUUCCUAGUGCACGCUGAAGCCACGGACUCCUCUACUCCUAGUGGAACCAGAGCACCUGGUAGAGGAGACAGGAGUGGGCAUCAGUCUUCAUCAGCCUCUAGAAGACUACCGUCCUUUCAUACUAUUAGCGAUACCGAGAGUAUCCCUGGUUCCCCUGCUCCUGCUAGUGGUAGCGUUAGUCAUUUGAGUCCAGUUCCAUCCACUCCUUUAGCUACGGACUCCACUGAUGAUGUCUAUGCACAUUUACCUCCUGAGACAGCCCGGUUUCUUAAAUUUGCAGAGAGGCACAGAACUGUCCUCAAUCAGAUUCUAAGACAAACGACAAUUCCCCUAUCAGAAGGACCCUUCUCUGUCCUGGUCAACCACACGCGGCUCCUUGACUUUGAUGUAAAGAGACGAUACUUCAGACAAGAGCUAGAGCAAAUGGAAGAAGGACUGAGGAGAGACGAACUAGUCAUUCACAUACGACGUAGUCACGUUUUCGAAGACUCCUACAGGGAACUCUACCGUCGGUCUCCUGAAGAACUAAAGGCUAGCCUGUACAUCACGUUUGACGGAGAGGAGGGGCAAGACGCUGGAGGGUUGCUGCGGGAAUGGUACCUCAUCAUAGCCCGUGAAAUGUUCAACCCUAACUAUGCUUUGUUUAAGACCACGCCCGGAGAUCGUGUGACUUAUAUGCCUAAUCCAAGCUCACAUAUUAAUCCGGAACAUCUCAACUACUUCAAGUUUGUUGGUAGGAUUAUUGCUAAAGCUAUCUACGACAAUAAAUUGCUGGACUGCUAUUUCACGCGGUCUUUCUAUAAGCACAUAUUGGGAAAGGCUGUACACUAUACUGAUAUGGAGUCUGAGGACUAUGCCUUCUAUCAAGGGAUGGUGUAUCUACUGGAGCAUGAUAUUGAUGAGGUUGGGCUGGAACUAACCUUCAGUGUAGAGAUUGAAGAAUUUGGUAAGACAGAGACAAAGGAUCUUAAACCAAAUGGUCGUGAGCUAAUCGUAACAGAAUCAAAUAAAAGAGAGUACGUGCAGCUAGCCUGCCAGAUGAAGAUGACCGGAUCAGUGAGAUCUCAAAUCAAGAGUUUCUUGGAAGGUUUCUACGACGUCAUACCCAAGAACCUGAUAUCGAUAUUUAACGAGCAGGAGCUUGAAUUACUUAUAUCUGGCCUGCCUGCGAUAGAUAUUGAUGAUCUUAAAGGGAACACAGAAUAUCAUAAAUACACUGAAACAUCUUUGCAGGUACAAUGGUUCUGGCGUGCAUUACGCUCAUGUUCCCAGUCUGAUAGAGCGAGGUUCCUCCAGUUUGUGACUGGUACCUCAAAGGUCCCCCUCCAGGGGUUUGCCGCUCUUGAGGGAAUGAACGGAAUGCAAAAGUUUCAAAUUCAUCGCGACGAUAGAUCGACUGAUAGAUUACCAUCAGCUCACACUUGUUUUAACCAAUUAGAUCUUCCUCCUUACGAGACUUAUGACAAAUUACAAGAAAUGUUAUUAAUUGCUAUUAGAGAAUGUCCAGAGGGAUUUGGAUUCGCAUGAAAAAUUAUAAUAAUUAUUAAUUUAAUAAUAUUUAAUGAUAAUAAACUAAGAGACAGAGAGAUAAUAAUUAAUGUUGUAAAACUUCUAUUCUACUGUUGAAUUGUUAAAAGAUGUUCAAAGAUUAAAA